GCCUCAAAGGGUUGGUAGGCGGUACGCAGGGCCAGACGCGUGCUUCCGGUUUCCGGCCGCGGGUAAGGGGCGGGGCCGCAGCUGUGGUGAGCGUUGGCUGGGUGUGAGCGUUGAGUGAAAGUCGGAAACAAGGUCAUAUCUCUCUGUCGGAGGCCUUCUAGCCACAGAAUGAGUCUGCAGUGGGGUGCAGUUGCCACCUUCCUCUAUGCGGAGGUCUUCGCUGUGUUGCUUCUCUGCAUUCCCUUUAUUUCUCCAAAAAGAUGGCAGAAGAUUUUCAAGUCCCGACUGGUGGAGUUGGUAGUAACCUACGGCAAUACCUUCUUUGUGGUUCUCAUUGUCAUCCUUGUGCUGUUGGUCAUUGAUGCUGUACGUGAGAUUCAGAAGUAUGAUGAUGUAACAGAAAAAGUGAACCUUCAGAACAAUCCUGGGGCCAUGGAGCAUUUCCACAUGAAACUUUUCCGUGCUCAGAGGAAUCUCUACAUCGCUGGUUUUUCCUUGCUGUUAUCCUUCCUGCUUAGACGCCUGGUGACUCUCAUCUCCCAGCAGGCCACGCUGCUGGCCUCCAAUGAAGCCUUUAAAAAGCAGGCAGAAAGUGCCAGUGAGGCAGCCAAGAAAUACAUGGAGGAGAAUGAUCAGCUAAAGAAGGGAGCUGCUGUGAAGGAAGGCAAGUUGGAUGUUGAGAGAUCUGAGGUGAAAUUGGAGGAGGAGAACGAGAGCCUGAAGACUGACCUGAAGAAGCUAAAGGAUGAGCUGGCCAGCACCAAGAAAAAACUUGAGAAAGCUGAAAACGAGGCCCUGGCCAUGCAGAAGCAGUCUGAGGGCCUUACCAAAGAGUAUGAUCGCCUGCUGGAGGAGCAUGCUAAGCUACAGGCCUCAGUACAUGGUUCCUCGGACAAGAAGAAGGAAUGAGGGCUUGUCUCUUCCCCUGCCUGCAGCUGGCUUCUACCUGGCCUAUACUUACUGCUUCCUGGGAAUUCAGCCUUUCCAGUAUUUGGGUUCACUUCCUUCUACUUCACCAAUUCUCAUCCACAGCUUAUAGCUCAUCAUCUUGCCCUUUUUCCACACACUGCCAGCAUACCACAAGGGACUUGAUUGAUACUCAUUCAGACUGAUUUUGCCAUUCACCUGCCUGGCCAGGCCACUUUCCACUCCUAGAAGUGUAGAGGGCACUUGUGACCUGGCCUAUGUUUGAGCCCCUUUUGUUUUGACAUGCUGAUGUAUCAUGAAGCAGGCUGUGAAGCAGGCCAACUAGUUUUUUUCCCCUGGGGCCAACUAGUUUUUUCCUGGGGGCAAUAAAGUUUGUUGUUAUCAU